UGAAGGUGGAGAUAAUGAAUCCAUUAAGAACAUCAUUGCUGCUGGUUAUCACAUUUGCUCUGCUCCAGAGGCAGUUGAAUGUAGAGCAAAACAAUACCCUGGACUUCAGAUCUCUCAGCUUGGCCAAGACGUGACUUGCAAUCCAUCCGUUGGACUGAUUUGUCAAAACAAUAUGCAAGGUCUUCAGCAAAAGUGCUUCGAUUACGAGAUUCGAGUGAAAUGUUGUCAAUGUGGAACCACAACACACAUCCCAUCCACCACAACAACAACAGUUCCUGUUGUCACUACUCCUACACCCACUACUACAACUUUAACAUCGACAGCUCCAGCUACAACAAAAACAACGACUCAGACUCCCAGCCCUAGACCAACUCCAACCACUACUCCUACAUCAACCUCAACAGGAGUAACACCUACCCAAUGCAGUGGUGAAGAAAAAUGUGUGUGGUCAGACUGGAUCAACCUUGGUCAGCCAACGUCUGGCUCUGAAGGUGGAGAUAAUGAAUCCAUUAAGAACCUUAUUGCUGCUGGUUAUCACAUUUGCUCUGCUCCAGAGGCAGUUGAAUGUAGAGCAAAACAAUACCCUGGACUUCAGAUCUCUCAGCUUGGCCAAGACGUGACUUGCAAUCCAUCCGUUGGACUGAUUUGUCAAAACAAUAUGCAAGGUCUUCAGCAAAAGUGCUUCGAUUACGAGAUUCGAGUGAAAUGUUGUCAAUGUGGAACCACAACACACAUCCCAUCCACCACAACAACAACAGUUCCUGUUGUCACUACUCCUACACCCACUACUACAACUUUAACAUCGACAGCUCCAGCUACAACAAAAACAACGACUCAGACUCCCAGCCCUAGACCAACUCCAACCACUACUCCUACAUCAACCUCAACAGGAGUAACACCUACCCAAUGCAGUGGUGAAGAAAAAUGUGUGUGGUCAGACUGGAUCAACCUUGGUCAGCCAACGUCUGGCUUUGAAGGUGGAGAUAAUGAAUCCAUUAAGAACAUCAUUGCUGCUGGUUAUCACAUUUGCUCUGCUCCAGAGGCAGUUGAAUGUAGAGCAAAACAAUACCCUGGACUUCAGAUCUCUCAGCUUGGCCAAGACGUGACUUGCAAUCCAUCCGUUGGACUGAUUUGUCAAAACAAUAUGCAAGGUCUUCAGCAAAAGUGCUUCGAUUACGAGAUUCGAGUGAAAUGUUGUCAAUGUGGAACCACAACACACAUCCCAUCCACCACAACAACAACAGUUCCUGUUGUCACUACUCCUACACCCACUACUACAACUUUAACAUCGACAGCUCCAGCUACAACAAAAACAACAACUCAGACUCCCAGCCCUAGUACAACUCCAACCACUACUCCUACAUCAACCUCAACAGGAGUAACACCUACCCAAUGCAGUGGUGAAGAAACAUGUGUGUGGUCAGACUGGAUCAACCUUGGUGAGCCAACGUCUGGAUCUGAAGGUGGAGAUAAUGAAUCCAUUAAGAACAUCAUUGCUGCUGGUUAUCACAUUUGCUCUGCUCCAGAGGCAGUUGAAUGUAGAGCAAAACAAUACCCUGGACUUCAGAUCUCUCAUCUUGGCCAAGACGUGACUUGCAAUCCAUCCGUUGGACUGAUUUGUCAAAACAAUAUGCAAGGUCUUCAGCAAAAGUGCUUCGAUUACGAGAUUCGAGUGAAAUGUUGUCAAUGUGGAACCACAACACACAUCCCAUCCACCACAACAACAACAGUUCCUGUUGUCACUACUCCUACACCCACUACUACAACUUUAACAUCGACAGCUCCAGCUACAACAAAAACAACGACUCAGACUCCCAGCCCUAGACCAACUCCAACCACUACUCCUACAUCAACCUCAACAGGAGUAACACCUACCCAAUGCAGUGGUGAAGAAAAAUGUGUGUGGUCAGACUGGAUCAACCUUGAAUGGUGA